AGUAGCAGACGACAUUAUCACGCCGGUUUCAAUUGACCUUAAAUUCGUUACAUCAUGGAUUUAUCUUCUCCUCACCCAAUGAAUAAGGCUGAUGGUGCCUCAAAAGAACAUAUGAUGGAUCAGUUGAGACAACAAAUUGCUGUUGCAAACGCAACAGAACUUUUACAGAAAUUAUCUGACAAAUGCUUCAAAAAGUGCGUAACGAGCCCAGGAACAUCUCUAGGAAACUCGGAACAGAAAUGUAUUGCUAUGUGCGUAGAUCGUUAUUUGGAUUCUUGGAAUGUUGUGUCUAAAUCGUAUGUACAAAGACUACAAAAGGAACGACAAUAG